UCUUCCUCCAAAUUGAUAGAUCUGAUUCAAAUUGAGGAAAUGAGACAGAGAAUGUUGGAGUUUCCCAAUUAGGGUUUUUUCUUUUUGGGUCUUGAAAAUGGAAGCGAGGAUGAGGAAAUACAGAGAAGGAGUGAGUCCAGAGAGAGCAAAAGUGUGGACAGAGAAAUCACCAAAGUAUCAUCAGAAGAUCAAGAAAGUCCAAAUUGUUUAUUACCUCUCCAAGAAUCGUCAACUCGAGCAUCCUCAUUUCAUGGAAGUCUCCCUUUCUUCUCCCAACGGUUUAUACCUUAGAGAUGUUACAGAGAGACUUAAUGUUCUUAGAGGUAGAGGCAUGGCUUCAAUGUACUCUUGGUCUAGUAAAAGAAGCUAUAGAAAUGGUUUUGUCUGGCAUGAUUUAUCAGAAGAUGAUUUGAUUCUACCUGCUCAUGGGAAUGAGUAUGUUCUUAAAGGCUCUGAGAUAAUUGAUGAGUCCACUCCAGAUCACUUUAGCCCCAUUGCAAAUUCAGCAACCCAAAACAUGAAGCAGAUAGUUGUGGAGCCACCAUCAUCUACAAGCAUGGAUGAUUCAUCUUCUUCUUCAAGUAUGAAUAAUGGGAAAGGGACUAAUAAGAAUUCCCAAGAAGAUGAUGAGCUUUCUCCUCCAGCUCUUCGUUCUGUUUCCUCUCCUGAUUCUAGAGACGCCAAGAACUCCUCUUCUUGGUGUUUAGCUGAGUACAAAGUGUAUAAGAGCGAGGGACUCGCUGAUGCUUCUACACAAACCGAUGAUACUGUCAACACUUGUUCUAAAACACCUCUUGAGACCUUCAGUAGAGGCGUUUCAACAGAUGAUGAUGGCUCAUCAGAACCUGAAUCAAGCGAAAACAAUCUCUGUGAAGGGAAGGAGAUAGAGAGUGCGGAAAUAUCAAGAAACUCUGUCUCUCCUCCAGUUUCCAACAGUGCCUCUUCGCUUACCGCAAAGACUGAUACAUUGGAGUCUCUAAUAAGAGCUGAUGUUACUAAGAUGAAUAGUUUUAGGAUACUUGAACAAGAAGAUGUUCGAAUGCCGAGGCUUAGGGCCUCAAAUAUGCUGAUGCAGUUGAUAUCAUGUGGUUCAAUAUCAGUCAAGGAUAACAAGUUCGGACUAGUGCCAACUUACAAACCCAAGUUUAGCCACUCAAAGUUUGCUUCACCUUUCUUCUCUUCCUCAUCGUUUAUGAUGGGAGAUGUUGACCGUUUGUCUGAAACACCGAGUCUGAUGAGCUUGAGGCUAGAGGAUAAAGAGUAUUUUAGUGGGAGCUUGGUUGAGACCAAGCUACAGAAGAAAGAUGUAGUGGAUGGUAAUGCUUCGCUUAAGCGUUCUUCAUCCUACAAUGGUGACAGGGCUUCCAACCAAAUGGGUGUAGCAGAGAAUGGAGAUUCAAAGUCUGGCUGUUCAAAACACAUUCCACGCUCAAGGAAGGCUUCUUCAUCUGUGAAUAGCAAGCAACAACCACGUAGCCAGUCCAUGAGAUCUCCUGUCUCAGAAAAGGCAAGAGACUCAUCAAAAAAUACUACCAAGAGCACUCACAGUCCCUCUAAGAAGCUUGAUGUUUGCAGUAAAAGAACAACUGAGUCUUUGAGAAAGCCUGAGUCUUUCCAAGAUGAUGCGGAGAAGGUGAUCAAGAUUGAGGAAAGACUUGCUUCAGGAGCGCGGGUGAUAAUCGAAUCUAAAGUGCCUCCAAGCAGUUCAUGAGAAGCUCUAACCAAGUUUCUAAGGCAGGUUUUGAAAAAACAGUUGAAAUGGAAGAUAACCCUUUUUUGUUUAGUUUUGUUUUGUUUUUGUGGCGGGAACAUUCUCCAUUUGAUUGUAAAUCUGGAAAGGUGGUAUGAGAAAAAGUUUCAUAAAAAGCCUACAGAGAUCAGAGAGCACUUAAUGUUUGGCCAUUGGGCAGUGUAAAGAUGUAAGUAAAAUUUGAGAGAAACGGAAUCUGGAGGCAAAAGGGUAUUUAAUGUUUUGAUGUGAUGUGAGAUGAGAUGAUGGACCACUGUUACUGAUGGUAUGGUCAUUUUUUAGGUUUGUUUUUUCAGUAGUUCCAAUGCCAUUUCGGUUUUCAAAAUGUAACUGGAAAGUUGCAGUUAUCUGAUGAGUAGUAUCUGCCACACCACUUUAAUGAU